UCAGCAUCCACGAGCUGCAGCGGACGCCGGCCGCAGCAGUCCAGCAGCUAGCUUUUGCCCGCCGUCGCCUUCGCCCACCUCCCCCACCCGACGGCCAUCAUGACCACGACGCAGCCCGCGGCGCCCUCCCCAGUUCCAGCGCCCGCCGCUGAGGUGCCCCCUGCCGACGUCGCGGACACCACCGAGGCAACUGCUGGCAAUGAGGACGGCGUCGCUGCCCUCGAGGCCGGAGUCGCCGGCCUCGCCCUCGGAAAUGCCCCGCAGCCUCAGUCUGAGCUGCACCGUGCUUGUGCCGAGGGGCGCAUCGAGGACGUCCGCGCUAUUCUUGGCCGCGGCCUUGACACUCUCGAAUCGCUUGACAUUGCGACUGGAUGCACCCCUAUAGUGCUCGCCGUGACGCACGGCCACGCCGAUAUCGUCCGCGAGCUUCUCACAGCGGGCGCGAUUGUCCCACCCCCAGGUCUGACGAUGGACCCCACCAUGCUUUCCAUCCUCUAUCCCCACCCACAGGCAAUGUACGGCGUGCCCCCGCCGUUUGCCAUGCCCCAGUUCUUCCAGUCAGCGUACUACGGAGGGCCCGCACAUUUCAACCCUCGCAAGGAAGGCGGCUCGGCCAACGGACACGCCAAUGGGUCGGCCAACGGCAGCGCCAACAACAACCCCAACCUCCCUCCGGCCGAGGUCGCCAAGACGAUCCCGUGCCGCAACUUCCCCAACUGCAAGUACGGCACGUCGUGCAUGUUCUACCACCCCCACCCUCAGCUCGGUUUCUUCCCUCCUCAGGCCUACUAUGAGGGCGGAUUUGUCCCCUACCCCCACGGCGCUCCGUUCUUCCCUGGUGCGCAGGAGUUUGUCCCUCAGCAGCAGCAUCAGCAGGCGAAUGGCACCGCUGAGGCGGCGCCCGCUUCCGUCGACGGCGCUAUCUCUGCGCCAUCAGAGGAGAAUGGAGAAGCUGCGCCCCAGGAGGCUGCGGCGCAGGCUCAGGCUCACGUCCCAUCGGCGGGCGCCCCCGCAUUCGUUCCCGGUGUCCCGAUGCCGCAGGAGAUGAUGAACGGCUUUGUUGGCUCGCCUCCCGCCGCGUUCAUGUCGCCUCCUCUUCUGCCCGCACAGGACGCCGCUGCGUUUUACGCCACCUCGCCUCCCCAGUUCCAGCCCUUCCUCCCCAGUGCAUACGGAGGGCACGGCAGGAGGCAAAGCUUCGGGUUUAACAACGGCGGCAUGCACGGCGGUCCCAAGCCGUACCACGGCAAGAAGCCUUCGUUCUCGGGCGGCCCUAAGCCUUGGGGACCCGGCGGGCGGCCUGGCGGCUCGUCUCACCUCGGUCAGUGGAAGGAUGGCCACCCGCCUCCCUGCGCCUUCUUCCGCGAGGGCAAGUGCAGAAACGGCGAGUUCUGCAAAUUCCCGCACCUCGACGCGGAUGGCAAUGACUGCCGCCACCCCGACGUCAUCCGGGGCAUCAUUCCCCCUAUGCCCACGCGGCCACCCCGUGUGCUCAACAUGAUGCACGGCCGCUCGUACCCGCAGCACCAGCAGAUGCUUGCUGCGAAGCAGGCGCAGGCUGCGGCUAACGACGCGGCGGCCGAGGACGAGAGCGGCAGCGACAAGGGCUCGGCGACCUCGGCGGGUCUGCCGCCCAAGCCGGCGUCGGGCUCUCUCCCGACUUCGCGCGCCGGCUCGCAGCCGGGGCACGCGCGCAUGGGCUCGCGCGCGCACUCGCCCAGCCGCCGCGGCGGCCCACGGUAUGGUGCUGGCGCGGGCGGUGCGAAUGGGCACGCGCAUGGGCAGGCGUCGCGGUCGUCGUCUAACGGAGACAAGAAGGUCGCGCCGCAGCGCAUCCCGCGCGCUGACGAGUUCCCUGCGCUGAGCAUGGGCGGCUCGCCCACGCCUGGCAGUGAGCGUCGCGAGCCUUCGUGGAGCAAGACUGCGGCGCAGGUGCUCAGCGAGCCUGCGCCAAUCAAACCUGAGGCAGUACAGGAGGGCGAGGAGGCCAAGGAGGAGAACAAGGAGGAGAACAAGGAGAUGAAGGAGGUCAAGGAGGCCAACGAGGGCAAGACCGAGGUGAGUCUGCGGCAAGAUGGCAGCGCUAAGCCGAGCUGAUUCAAGUCGCACGUGACGAUGGACUCGGACUCUGAGGCCGACGCUGUCAUCGUGUCUGUGUCCACGACGCCGACACCUGAGGCUGCUGAGGCGGCCAAGGCCAAGCUUACCGCUGCGCCCGUGUCCUUUGCCGCUGUGAUUGAGACCCCGCCCGUUGCGCUGAAGGCGUAGGCGGUCAAAUAUGGCCUUGAUACGACUCAUUCCCGACCUUGGCCUCGAUACCUUGCCUCGACCUCUCGACCCCGCCCCUAUCU